AAGACCCGGAGGGAGGGCGCGUCUGGCCCGUGCGCGCCCAAGUCCAAGGGCACCCGUCCUCCGCGCGCCCGAGGUGGAGAGUGUGGGCCGAGCCCAGGGAGGGAGUCUGAUUCAGGAAGUCGAGCCUCUGACAUCAGGGGCAGGACGGAGUUGGAGUGAAACCUCAAAAAUGCGAGGCGUCGGCCAGCGGGAGGGCAGAGAACACAGAGGGCGCCUUUCUCGCAGCAGCCGCCGGAGGCAGGUACGCGCGGCGCGGGGCGGCCCGCGCUGACCCUCCACCUGGGCCUGGCCCACGCGGGGCCCGCAGAGGCUUCCGGCCGGACACCGGCGCCUCGCCCCUGCGCCCGAGUGCUGUCGCACCGGCUGCACCCGGGGGACCCCCGGGUGCCGUGCCUGCGGGAAGCCCUCCGGUGGACUCAGGUGCUAUCCGUGGCAUGCCCAGACCCAAGGCUAGAAGCGGAAUAAGUUACACGUGGGCAAGUCGGCAUCCUCUCACGCCCAGGCCUUGCGGGUGAGCGGAGAGGCUCCCCCGGCCCCGUCCGGCCAGGCGCCAUGGAGAAAAUCAGCGCCUUCCUCAGCGCCCUCUGGGACACCGUCUCGGCCAGACACCAGGAGGGCCUCUUCAACAGCAUCUGCCUCGGCAUCCUCCUGGGGCUGCCCCUGCUGGUGGUCCUCACCUUCCUCUUCAUCUGCUGCCACUGCUGCUGGAGCCGCGGGGGCACGCGUGGCCAGCCGCCCGAGCGAGACAAGGGCAAGAAGAAGAAGAAGAAGAAGAAGGCCGAAGAAGACCUCUGGAUCUCUGCUCAGCCCAAGCUCCUCCAGAUGGAAAAGAGGCCGUCCCUGCCCGUCUAGUGAGGCACGAGGCAGACGUGUCCUCCCCUGGGGGCUCAGCUGCCUUCCAACCACACACAGGGUAGGGAGCACAAGUCCCUGAAGUGAUGCCCUCACGUCCACAGAGGAACUACUCAACCAGGGAGCAAACCUCAGACUGAGUGUCCCCGUGGAGGGCAUUCCCGGGGUGCUGUCUUGGGUGCUGUCGCAGCAUCUCUGUUCCAAUAGCAAUGCUCUUUACUACAGACUCAGGCCUGCCUUCCCCCCAUCUCUGGCACACUCCACAUGCAAAAGCACAAGGAACAUUUAUCCACACACCGUGACGUAUGCCCCACACGCACGUGCACACACACAAAGUUAGGCAGCAGGGACCUGGGCAAAUAUAUACCGUUCAUCAAAUGGUCACCAAAUGUCUACUUUGUCCAAGGCACUAAACAAGGCAGUACA